AUGCAUCGUUUGCAUGCUGGCUCGGCAAAGUCACAGACUAAGCAGCGCCGUCGGCAUUCCCAGCAGUGCCGCCUAGCUGAUCGAUGCGGAGCAGAAGGCGACUUUGACGACGUGGAGUCCUUGCUUGAUGCUUUCACAAAGCCUGACGUCGUGCUUCCGUCUGAUGGCGAGUUCGCCCGAGACUUGGCUGAUGGAUGCUCCAUGGAUCGCCGACUCCCCGGGGUCCGAGCGUUGGCACGUGACACCUGCAGCCUGGCGGUCGAUCCCGAGCCAAGCAUCCCGGCUCCGGUGCUCAUCGUUGUUCUCAUAGGGCAGCAAGGGGGAAUUUCCCGGAACCGCGAGAAUAGCUGCGUCGUCUCCGGGACCGCAUGCGGGGCGCCGGCCACAAUUGCUCCCGAAUCGCUCAGGGAUAAUAAUUUGCAUCCGCACCUGCAACUGUUUGUCGCCGGUUGGCUCGUGCUGUCGCCUCAUCUUAUGGCCCUGCAUCAAUCCUUUCCCAAUCUCAAGGCCUUUGCCAAAUCAGCUGACUACCGCUCGGUGUAUGCCCCACCGCCCGAGCAAGGGAAACGGAUUUACAACACCGGCGGGCCGGCCGUUGGAAACUUCCCAGGCCCUCGAACCGGUCUCGGUUGUCUACCAGCAAGUUCCCUAAACCCGGAUAUGAAGGCGAAGCGACCGAGUGACCCAGGGACUCAGACACUUGGGAGAGAAACAGGGAUUUCGCCAGUCCCCCAUUUUCAAGUCAUCCCUUCCGACCUCCUCAUGACGAGGAGGAAAGCCACCAACAGAAUGCCUGACGAUAGCAAAGAGUCUCUUCGAUCACCUGGCCGCACCUCAUGCGACCCGGCGGGCCGCGGCCGUUGCAUCCAUUUCGUGUGGACGACAACCAACUCUCCCAACCCUCCCAACCCUCCCAACCCAGAUCCCCGAUAUUUCCAGAGCUGCAUCCAAGAUUUGAGGAAGACGUCUGAACCAAGCACGCACCAAGGUACCUUCAUAUCAAAGGUACAGCGAGGAGACAUCUCGGACAUCUUGGACAUCUUGGACACCCUGGUCCGACCCGUUACCACCACAGGGCUGUCCGGGGACAUUAUGCCGAAACGAGAGAGCGAUAUCCUGACCGGGAAGAGACAACCCAACCUAGGCAAUACCAAGAAGAGAUCAUCUCGGCUAUACCGCACGUUGGUCUUCAAAGACCCCCUCACCCUGUCGUUCGGCUACUUCUUUCGCAGGGCCAUCGGUCCGCCGAGAUAUAUACCGUCCCAUUCGUCUUGCCCAUACGCUGCAACCGUGUUGGACAGCUUCGUGAGUCCAGUCACCCCUGGCGUCCAUCCCCACUCUUCAUCAUCAGCUCGGCCGACUGCCCAAUCGCUUCCUUGCAAGGGGAAAAGCCAGGCGAGCAUCGGCGUAUGGUUGACCAUGAAAUCCACCGCGCAUGUUCUUUCGUCACACGCUUAUCGCAUGUCGAGCGUCGAGAAAGCGCCAGCUGCGUUCAAUCCGUCCUUCAAGAGAAAAGUCAAGAAGUCUAGUGAAAAUCUUCCGUCCAGAAGUCUCUCGUCAAUGCAGCCGGUCUCCCCCAAAACGGGUAACUGUAGCCAGACCACAUCGGUGCUGAGCUUCAGUAUCCGCUCAUCGUCGCUGCUCUCUUUUCCCGGCGCCAAAAAGCGGUACACAACCGCCACCACAUGCGGAUACUCCGUGCAUCAUUGA